GGCCUCUCCUCCCGAGGCUCCGCCUCCCUGCGUAGCGCGGGGCGGGGCCGGCCGCGGGGGGCGGGCCCGGAGAGCGGCCUGCGCGGCCCGAGGAGGCGGAGCGGCCUGCAGAGAGGGGCGAGGGGUCCAGCCGUACAUUUCAGCGUCAAAACUAGGAAAAAUAGGAAUGGCUGUGGAGGAACUUCAAUCUAUAAUAAAGAGAUGUCAAAUCCUAGAUGAGCAAGACUUUAAAGAAGAAGAUUUUGGCCUAUUUCAGGUAGCAGGCCAAAGAUGCAUAGAUGAAGGGCACGUAGAGCAGCUAUUAGAAAUUAUUCAAAAUGAAAAGAAUAAGGUCAUCAUCAAGAAUAUGGGCUGGAAUCUUGUUGGUCCUGUUGUUCGAUGCCUUUUAUGGAAUGACAAGGAAGAUGAUAAAAGGAAAUACUAUUUUCUGAUGCUUGAUUUAUUAGUAAAGUUAUGUAAUCCAAAGGAAUUAUUGUUGGGUUUGCUUGAACUGAUUGAAGAGCCCUCUGGAAAACAGAUAUCCCAAAUUAUCCUUCUUUUACUUCAGCCAUUACAAACAGUGAUUCAGAAACUUCGUAACAACAAGGCAUAUUCAGUUGGAUUAGCAUUGUCUACCCUUUGGAGUCAGCUCUCUCUCCUUCCUGUUCCAUACUCAAAAGAACAAAUACAAACAGAUGACUAUGGCCUUUGUCAGUGUUGCAAGGCCUUAGUAGAGUUCACUAAGCCUUUUGUAGAAGAAGUCAUGGAUGACAAAGAAAACUCUCAGGAAAAUGAAAACUUAAAGGAUGAAUUACUGAAGUUUUGUUUCAAAAGUUUGAAAUGCCCUUUGCUGACAGCACAAUUCCUUGAGCAGUCUGAAGAAGCUGGAAAUGAUCCUUUAAGGUAUUUUGCAUCUGAAAUAAUAGGUUUUUUAUCAGCAAUUGGACAUCCUUUCCCCAAAGUGCUGUUUAAUCAUGGAAGGAAAAAGAGGACGUGGGAUUAUCUUGAAUUUGAGGAAGAAGAAGGCAAACAAUUAGCCGACUCUAUGGCUUCCCUGGCAUAUCUAGUAUUUGUACAGGGCAUCAGUAUUGAUCAGCUUCCAAUGGUCUUAAGCCCAUCGUACCUUUUGCAAUUUAAUAUGGGGCAUAUUGAAGUCUUUUUACAAAGAACAGAAGAGUCUAUUUUCUCCAAAGGAUUGGAUCUGUUGGAGAAUGGUUUACUGAGAAUAGAAGACAACAGUUUACUUCACCAGUACUUAGAAAUCAAGAGUUUUCUUACCGUACCUCAGGGCUUAGUCAAAGUAAUGACGCUGUGCCCCAUUGAGACAUUGAGGAAAAAGAGUUUAGCUAUGCUUCAGCUAUAUAUUAACAAGUUGGAUUCACAAGGCAAAUAUACGUUAUUUAGGUGCUUAUUGAAUACAAGUAAUCACUCAGGUGUGGAGGCCUUUAUUAUUCAAAAUAUCAAAAAUCAGAUUGACAUGUCAUUAAAGAGGACACCUAACAACAAAUGGUUUACAGGACCACAGCUGAUUUCUCUUCUAGAUUUGGUGCUCUUUCUCCCGGAGGGGGCUGAAACAGAUCUACUGCAAAACUCAGAUAGGAUAAUGGCUUCAUUAAAUUUAUUGAGGUAUUUGGUUAUCAAAGAUAAUGAAAAUGACAAUCAAACUGGAUUAUGGACAGAACUUGGAAAGAUACAGAAUAAUUUCUUAAAGCCACUCCAUACAGGACUUAAUAUGUCAAAAGCACAUUAUGAAGCAGAAAUUAAAAAUAGCCAAGAAAAUAGCCAAGAAGUCCAGAAUUCUAAAGAUCUCUGUUCUGUAACUGUAGGUGGAGAAGAGAUCCCUAAUAUGCCUCCUGAAAUGCAGCUUAAGGUUCUACAUUCAGCUCUUUUCACAUUUGAUUUGAUUGAAAGUGUUCUGGCUCGAGUAGAAGAACUCAUUGAAAUAAAAACAAAGUCUAGCUCUGAAGAAAAUAUGGGAUAAACUGGCAGCCCCAUCUCCUAGAGAAAAAACUAAUAAAAUACUGUAUUUUCCAUUAUGGUUUAUUUAAUACCUUUAUAAAAAUUUUUCUGUAAAAUACUUGCUGAAAGAAAAAUAAAUGUAGCUUUUCUCAUUUA